CAGAUAAGUUGUAAUAUUCGACAUUAAAAUUUAUUACGUUGAUAUUCUUUAUUCCAAGGCGAAAGGAAGUUGCGGAUAUAUGGAUUCAUCGCGUUGGAAAUCCAAAAAUCUAUUUGGGAAUGAAAUCUUUACAUAAAAAUUACGUCGUAUGUGAAAAUCAUUUUUCACGUGUAUGUAAAGAUGACAACAGGCGGCUAUUAAGAUAUAGUCUUCGCAUUUUAAACUUGCCUGCAUUUCAUGAACCCUCAAGUGAGGAAAAUUGUUUUUAUCACCCCCGAAAAUUAAGAGAGUCUCGUCAAAUGAUCCCUUCAACAUCGACACAUUCACCACAAACCUGCAGUGUAAAGAUUCCUGAGAAAGUGUAUGGUGGCAAGGUGAAAAUGAGCGCAAAAAGGUCUCUGUUUUUGCCUGAGAUGGCUAGAGAUCCCUGUGUUCAAGAAGAAACGAGUGUAUAUCUCCCAAGUACAUCACAUGUGGUCACUUCAUCAUCAGAACAUGAACACCUGCAACGUCUUACAUACCGGAGGCCCAAUUACAGGAGACAGGACAAACACAACACCCAGAGGCAGGGCGGGAAUAGAACCCACGACCCAAAGUGUGGCGGGGAAGCACACAGAAGAAGUGCUUCCGACAAUUUGGUGUUCUACCUUAGAUAUCGUUUUUAA